CCAUUGCAAUUCAUUUCGAGAUCUACCGAACCAUUGUUGCCAUUGAAGAUAAAAGCUUUAUAACAUUCAUAAAGAUGUCAAUGAAUCCAGGAUGCCCAGGAGCUCCAAUUCAAAACAACACCAAUUUGAAUUUCAACAUCGAAUUACACCGAAUUUUAACCUUUCCUGAGGACUUCAAAAACAAAUGCUGCGUGGAUCCAGAAUUUUUAGCAAAGGCUGGAUUUUAUUGCUUCCAUUCAAACGGAGACAUUCGGCUGCGAUGCAACUUUUGCACAAAAGAAAUUCUUAGAGAGGAAAUUCGUAACGAGGACGAGUUGAAGAGAUUAAAAGAGCACAACUGCUGCGUGAAUUCUGCCGAUUCGGAAAACGUCCCUUUCAACGUGAAACAACUCGAUUUCAAGUUCGAGUCGCACCGGUUGUACGCUUUCUUGAAAAAGGACAACUGGAAAUUUGUAACACCGGCAGACUUAGCUAAAGACGGAUUCUACUACACAGGGGAGGAAGACAAUUGUCACUGCCAUUUCUGCAAACUGGAGAUCCGCGGUUGGGAGGAAGGGGACCUGGUUCGGUCCGAGCACCAACGUUGGAACGCAGAAUGUCCGUUCUUGAAAAACCCAAGCAGCGAAAUGAACAUCCCGAUCGGCAAAGAACUGGACUCAUUCGAUAUAGAUCGUGCCGUUUCGACUAUCCCUGGCGUUACUUUUCCCUUCAUGUCAUCCAAGGAUUUACUCAAGAACUUCGGUGCCCGCGUGACCCUGAGCGACACAAAGGUGUCACCUUUGAGUUUGAACAUCCAACAGUGGUCAAAGUCAAGCCACCCUCAAUACAGCACGGUUUCCGAACGGCUUAAGACGUUCAGGAAAUGGCCUAAGACUUUGAACCAAAAGCCUAAAGCCCUGGCCUGGGCAGGGUUUUUCUACGCGGAGUUGGGCGACAGGGUCAUCUGCUUCCACUGCAACCUGGGGCUGAAGGAAUGGGAGCCUCAUCAAGACCCUUUGGAGAGACACGAGCGCUGGAACGAGAACUGUCAGUAUCUGAUCAUGGCCAAGGAGGAAAAAUUGAGGAAAAAUGAGGAGUUAGACGCGGAGAAUCGGAGGGAAAGCGUCAUGUGCGUCAAGUGCGGGGAGGAAGAGGUAGCAAUAGUCAACCUUCCGUGCGGUCACGCACAACUUUGCGCUGCCACUGCAUGCUCAGACGGCGAUUGUUGCACAAAGUGUGGCAACAAUGUGAAUGGUCGAGUCCGCUUUUUCUUCUAAUUUUAAAAAUCUCUACGGGUCCUUGCAAAUGAGCUCAAUCCAUAUUCCAUAUCUUAUCAAGUGAAUGAGCUACAAAGCAAAGUGGCUAAAUCCACAUUUGACCGAACACUCGUCUAGAGACUACAAAUUUCCAUCAACAAAAAAUUCAUGUUAAAAUUUAAAAAUCAAAAUCAAUUAACUUCCAAUCCAGAAAUCAAAUCUAUUUUCAAUUUAAAGUGAAAAUUCCAAAAAAUAUAAUUUUAGCACUUAUCUUAUUAAAAACAAUGAAUGUGGAUGAUUAAACUCAAUUAAAAAAGUGAACGAAUUAUACUGAUUGAAAACAACACACAAAGAUAAUAAUGAUGAACUAAAAUGAACAGUCAAAGGCCAUCCGAGCAUAAAGCAUUAAAUUGUUUAUGAAAUAGACUACCAAAAUUUAAAUUUUAUAAAAAGCAGUAUAUUUUUGAUUUAUAAUACAAAAAUAUAAAUGAUUAUUAUUGUUGUUUAUUUAGCCACAUUGUUACUUCAUAUACUUCACAUCGUUUACAUUCAAUAGUUAAAAACAAUUAUUUGAAAAGAGAGGAAUUGCUGGGAAAAAAUGGCACCACCACUAGCAAGAAUUUUGCGAAAACUUCCAAGAUCAAAAAGUCUCCAUCCGCUGCAGUGAGCCUUGGUUGACUUGGUUGGUAUAAGAUCAAUUAUUGUUUUCAUUAAAAAUUUCAUAAAAAAUGUUUUUAAGGGUUUUUCAUUCACUGCGAGGCUUUAAAUAUAUUUGUAAUUCAUAGUGUUUGUGUAGCAACAUUAUGUAAAAAAUAUGAUAAAUUAAUCUUGAACAUAAACUUAGUCAACCAAUAAGGCUCACUGCGGCGGAUAGAGUCUAUUUAAUCACGGAAGUUUUAGCAAAAUUCUUGCUAGUGGUGUCCAACUAUCCCUUUUUUUCUCAAAAUAAUUUGGACAAAUAAUCAACAAUAAUAAUGUAUUAAAUGCUUUUUAAUCUUAAUUUAUUCUAAUUAAAAAAUUUGCAGUUUUUUCUCUCAGAAUCGCCAAUACACUCUUCCGCUCCUAAUCAACAUGGGCUCAGUGCCUCGCAGAGAGUUGAUGGAAUGCACACAAAAUGAAACGCUAUUUUACUGUUCAAAUCUUGAGGAAGCUUUCAUUGGGUGCCUUUUUUACAAAGUUCUGUUUCACGUCUAGCUUUGUUUGAUUUUAAUUGAAUUGAAUUUUUUAAAUUAGUGGUUUUAAAUUAAAUAAUUGUAGAAAUUAUUUUAUGGGAAUUUUUACUCUAAAUAGUAUUAAUUUAAAUUAGGAACACGUUUUGUUUGUGUUAAAAGCUAAUUGUUUUUAAUUUGUAAUUUUAAUUUUUUUUCUAAUUAAGGUUAAUAAAUUUAAUUAAUCUAAAUUAAGGUCAAAUUAUUGGAGUCAUUCUUUCUGAAUUUUUUGUCCAAUCAAAUGGUUUUAAACAGGGAAUUAUUAUUAUUAUUGUAAUUUAUAAAACAACAAAGAAUUUAGGAUUUUAUACCGUUUGGUUGCGCGCUCGAAUUCCCGCUUCCAAACUUUGCAAGAUUUAUAGAGUUGUUGUCGGAUCAGCACCAAUUAAAUCUGCAUUUUUCCAUGAAGGAUGUCAGCUAAUUUUUCUUCUGAAAACUGUAUUUACAGAAAUAAACAUGGGUGUCUGUACUUGUUUGAUGAUUUCUUUCACUGCCUUUUACUGCACGAAAAUUACCAAACCUGCAUUUUUCAAACUGAAAGCGGAAAAAACA